GGAGAUUCAAGAUGGCGGCUUACACAGCGUAAUUUUCGCCGAACAAUUCUCAUUCCGGAAUUUGUGAAAACUGUGUUUUUUAACGCAACACACAACGACCUCACAUCAACGACGCGACCCGUGACCAAUUUAGAAUCUUAGUAACCAUGCCGGCCAAAGCUACUAGGAAGGACAAAGAAAAAGAGGAUGCCAAACCUACUGUAUUGAGAGGUGUCUAUAUGCUACCUAAUGGUGAUAAGUAUGAUGGAGAGUACAGCAGGUCUGAAGAGGGUGUACUAGAACGUAAUGGAUAUGGCGAACACACAACAUCUGAGGGGACCGUCUAUCAAGGAAAUUGGGAAAAUGACAAAAUGAACGGGCAUGGCAAAUUAAUGCACCCCAGUGGAGCUAUUUAUGAAGGUGAUUUCGUUAAUAAUCAGUUUACUGGAAAAGGACGCUACACGUGGCCGGACGGCUCUUAUUACGACGGCCCAUUCAUUGAAAACAGGAUGGAAGGUGAAGGCGAGUUUACAGACACUGACUCUCAAGUCUGGACUGGUACAUUCCGAUACAAAGCAGCACCUGGUCUUAAAUUCAAACUUGGACUUUAACAGACAGUGCAUAUAUAAUAACAGAAUACCUGGAUAUUUGAAUUAAAUGUAGUCCUUUUCUUUGUAAAUACUUAUUGACUUUUGUUACUGAUUAGUGUGUAUAAUUGUUGUAUAUGACAGAUGUACAAAGAUAUUAUUUGUUAAGAGUUUUGUAAUAAAAUGAAAAUCUCUGAAAA